CGAUUCCCCGACCCCAACUAGGGUCCCGAAAAAGUCGUAUACGAGCUUUUAGCGAUUCCCAAGGGAGGUCAUCCAUAUUGAUUCGUCGGAUUUUUGUGCGGCGAGGAAUUGCUGUUUAUUUUAACUCUUGUGGGACUAUUACACAUUUUCUUUCAAGUUUAUGUAACUUAUUCAUCAUGCCUGGAACAGCGAGGCGAGGUCGAAGAUCAGCAACUGCAAAAAAAGCAAGUACUGAGAAUGUACCAUCAGACAGUGAGCCAGCAGAUACUGAGGAAUCAGUUCUAACUGACACUACAGAUACAGCUGCAGCGGCUGAUAGUGAAAAAACGAAAGAAACAGAGAACGAGGAAGGCAGUGAACCACAGGGAGAUGAAGAAAAGAGAGAUAAUGGAGCACCUGCAAAUGAAGAUAAAGGAGAAGAAGGGAUUACAGUUGAUUUAGAGAUUAAAGAUGAAAUAGCUGUACAUGAAGACAAAGCAAAAGAAACAGUUGAAGUGAUGAUAGAGGGUGUAGCUGAGAAAGAAGAAACAGAGACAGCUGGACAAGAGGAAGUAACAGAUGUUACCGUAUCUGAAGUUGACACUAAAAUGAACACAGAAGAUGAGAAAAAGCUAACUUCAGACAAAGAUACCAGUGAAUUAGCCACCACAAAGAAAGAAUCAAAUGAUACUAAUGUUGAAAAAGAAGUUCUGGUCACUGACAAUGUUGCUGCAGCAAAGACAGACAUAGAGGAAAAGACACCACUAGACACUGACAAAGUUACCGCAGCAGAGGAAAGCAUGGAAGAAGAAACAAAGAUAAAUACAGAAGACACAACUGCAUCAUCAGCAGAAACAGAUCAAGCAAAAGAAACAGCUGACACACCUCCUGAUCCUGUCACACCAACCAAAGACCAGUCUGUUGCUGACACGAAGCCAUCUCCGACACCAAGCUCAUCUCCAGAGGUGACAAAGACAAAUACACCAGAUCAGGAACAAGUUUUUAACCGACCUUUCCCAGCAUCAAUAGCAAAAUUACGUAAUUUAACCGUGAACAUUGGCCCAAUACGACAGAUGGACUUGAAAUCCGACAAGCUGCAUGAAAUACUGAAACUGAGUGACAAUUUUGAGAUAAAGUUUGAACUGAAAGAUAAAGAGUCAGGCGGAAAAGUUGUGCAGGAAAAAUGUGGGUUUGUGCGAUUGCCAUUGGGGAUAACAACACCAACAUUCCUGAUCCGUGUCGCAUACAGGCUUGGAAAUCUUCACAUUGAUGGUCGAGACAUGUCUGUCAAAUUUCCAGAAGCUUUCAACAAUGCUGUUGAAGAAUGCAAGCAGUAUAUUGAUGAGAACAGAAAGUUAAAGGCUGAUAUGUUUGAGAAGAGAAAACGUCAGAUUGCAGUGAAAAAUGUCCCACCUAAUGUCACUGAAGACACAAUUAGGUCACUUUUUCCUGAGGCACAAAAGAUCACAUUGAGUAUGGAAGAUUUGCCUGAUGGAGGAAAGAAAGUUGGAAGUGUACUCCUGGAUUUUGACACAGAAGAAGCAUGCAUACAAUGUUUGGACACAAACAAGGAUGUCUUUAUCGAAGACUGUCAACUGAAGAUAUUCAGGCUUUAUUCUGAAAAGAAAUACAGAAGUCCUAGGUCGCAAAAUUUCUUUGGACGACAACAGUCGUCUAGAGGACGUGGUUUAGGAAGAGGUAGGGGUAUGGCACAGAGAGGUAGCUUUCAGGCAGCCAAGAUCAGAAAUAGAGCCCUGGGAUUUGGGGGUGCAACAAGGGGACGAGGAGGUAUAGUAAAGAGAGGAAAUCAGGGUAGAAAUACAACAGGAACUGUUCAGUCCUCGCCGCAAGCCAGCGCGAAAAGUCCAGGGGCUAUGGGGCCUCCAAAAGCAUCUCCAAAAGGUUUAAUAGUUCCAGGCAGAAGUCAAAGAAAUAGGUCAAUUCAGUGGCCUAAACCAGUGCAUUCAAAAUUCGUUAUAUUUAUUAUCUUUAACCUAUACAUAGUAUCUACAAGUUAUUGCUAUAAUGUUCCUAUACAGACUUUACUUGACGUUUUACCUUUACGACUUUAUGCAGGAAGCUAUCAGAGUCCGGCAAGCCAUGAAGGUCAGUUCAAAGACUUUACUCCAAAAAGAGAGAAUAAUCGCGGCAGACAACGUUCAAGGGCUGGUAGAGGUCGUGGAAAGCAAGGCUAUGAGCAGAGAAGAGAAGAAAGAAAUCCGUCUUUCAGAGGAGAGCAGUCUAGACAGUCUCCAUACAGAACGGACAGAUCGCCAUCGAACAGGUCUACCAGCUCGUACAGAUCAGAACAAAGAUAUUCCUCCCCAUCAACAAGCAGGGCAGAUGAUCCUAUGGCUAUGAUGGAGUAUCUAAAGACAACCAUUGCUCGCAUGGAGGAGAAAAUGACUGGGAGAGAUUCUGGUGAUAGAGGCUACAAUGCACGUCAUGAGGAACAGUCAAGAAGUAGUCAUUACAGCCCUCGUGGGAGAGGAAGUCCAUCACGAGGGCGUGGCAGAGGUCGUGGAGACCAGUCAAGGAAAAGACCUGCAGAGACAAGAGAAUAUGGACAGGAGGCAAAAAGACAAUUUAUGGGAGAACUUCAGGAACCACAAGUACAAGAUCAAGGGAGGAGAGAUACUAGAGCUGAUUAUUACGGGUCACAGCAAAACACCAGUACUGUUGAAAGAAGAGAUUCUGUUGGAAGAAUGGUCGCAGAGGGUCUCAGUAGUUAUCGUCAUGAUCGUGAUUCGGGUAACCAUGGAGGUAGCUACGGAGGUAGUUAUGGAAGUAGUCAAGGAGGUAGCUAUGGAAGUAGUCAAGGAGGAAGCUACGGAAGUAGUCAUGGAGGUAAUCAAAGUGGUAACUAUGGCAACAGAAGUGGUAGUUACGGAGACAGUGGUGACAGAAACAGGAGAGAUAAUUACAGUGGGAGAUCAGAGAGUUACAGUACAGGAUACAGUGGAGGAGGGGGUCAGUUUAGCAGUAGAGGGGGAGGCGGGAGAGGACAAUCUAGAGGGAGGGGUUACAAUAAAGGAAAUAGACAAGGUCAGUUAUGGUGAACAGAGAAAGAAUGAUGCUCUGGAUAAAGACGAACAUAAUGUUGUAAUAUUGAGAGAGGUAAAAAAAGGCAUUGUGAAGUAGUAUGGUGUAUAGAAUGUUAUGUGCUGUUUUGAAACUUUUGUAUAAAGUGAGUGUCUUAAAAUGUCUGAUGACACAAAGCAAGUGAAAUACAGUUACAUGAAAAAAGUGUGCUUAAUUUGGGGAAAAAUCAAUAUUUGCCUGUAAAGUGGAACUACCCUUCUUGUUUUAAAUUGAACCUUUUAAAAUUUUAAUUUUUAAGACAGUUUUACUUAAAAGAAAAAACAACAUCUGAAUAGAACAGAGGGGUUGUUGUUGGCCUUAAGUCUAGUCUUUAACUUUUUAAAUGGUCUGUGUCACAUAGUGAACUGAUAGUGAUUUAAAUAAAAUCAUGAUGAGAAGAGACAUGUACUUACAUUUUCCUAUUGUCAGAAAUAAAUGUUUUGUUCAA